UUCCAAAUAAUGCUUCUUGAAAUUUUUUAUGCUUUCACUUUUGUUGCCAUGUGCUUUUUCCUGCUGUUUAUUUGAGAUGGAAGUGAGCUCUAAGAUUCCUUCAGAUGUGCUGCUUCCUUCACUCCUGGAUCCUGCCCUGGAGCAGGUUCAGCUCUUGUCCAAAAAGUGAUGCUGAAGGUGAUGGAGGGCCUGCCAUGUCCUUUGUCUCUCCCCUCACAGCUCCUCAGCUGUUCCUCCUUGCUUAAAAAGCCGCAUCAAUAUUGGGUUUAAAGGUGGGAUGAUGUGUUUUGUGGAAUUCAGGAACACUUUCUGACUGCCCUCCUCAUGAUCCCCAGCUAUCCCUGCUCCAGGUGACAUGUCAGGGACUUGCACAGCUGCUCCAUUCCAAUUUUUAUUGGAAUUCCCAGUUGUAGAUUUCUUCUUUUUUUAUUUUUCUGUUUGCAAAUUCACCUUUUUAACAUGUUCAGUUUGGUCCUCAUCCACCAGAGCCUUUCACUUCCUGUAGAGAAAGAAGCAAUGCUUGGUUCUCCAACCUUUGACAGCCCCAGACUUUCCAUAGGAUUUAACCCCCACACUCCAUCCCCUUUUCCUUCCCACAGAAGUUUGUUUCACCCUGUUCCUUGUUUGCAAACUGAAAUGCACCUGGGGCAGAUUUGGGAAUACCAAGUGUGACCUGUAGAAGGUUUGGAGCAGCAAAUCCUGAUUUCUGCAGGGAUGGUGUGUUUCGGGGGCAGCUGGGCAGUUCUGGGGUGCUAACUCGGGGGGUGGCUCUGCCUCACGAGGUGUAUCCAGGUACAGAACCUCUGGGGUGACUACCCAGAGCUGUCACUGCUGUCCCCAAGCCAGCUCUGGGGGUAAAACAGACUAUUCCAGUGAAAUCCAGAGCUGUCACCGUAACUGUGCUCCCUGUCAGCCCAAGGUCACUGCCUGCACCUCCCUGAAGGACACUGGGGCAAGAGCAGCUGCAGCCAAGUGAGGGAGGUGUUGGAUCCAUCCCUUCAGCCCAGUGCUGAGAAGGAAAGCAGUCAUUUUUCAAAGGGAUUUAAGAGGCUGACAGGGAGAGGAAAUUGAGGUUUGUUUGGAAGAGGCAUCAAGGAGAUCCAGCGCCCCUUCUGUCAUGUUUUUGGAAUUGCCUUGACUGUGUGGAGAGCUGGGAGAGGCAGAUCCAGUGCCCUGAGGCUGUGGCAGAGCUCGGUGGGAAGGAAGGGACUGGCACGAGAAAUUCUUUGUUUCUGAUUUGUUGAGGACAGCUGAUGUUGUGUUUGGCGAGACAGAAAUGAAUCCAUCCCUCCUCAGCUGAGGCACCUAUGGGACAGCUCUGAUGGGGCCAGCAAAUCUUCGUCAGGAACCACAGGAUGGGCAGAGUGAGGAAGAGUCAUUUGGAGACACCUGGGUGAUCCCUGUCACACCAGGCCUGGAGCAUCACCCAGCGAGGCAGGGAUGGGGUGGGGCUGAAGGGCUUCAUUCUAACACAAAAUGCAGGAGAGAUUUUUUCCAUCCCUCUGCCAUUCAGUUUGUCCAGCCUGGCCCAGGGGAUUCACUUUCCUGGCUUUUAAACUAAAGGUUUUGUGGGUAAGCUGUUGGUUUCAAGAUGAGCCACACUCAGAGCAGGUAGAAAAACCUGCAAGGACCGUAGUAAAUGGGGAUGUGUGCAGCUGAAUAAAAUAUUCCCUGAGGAAUCAGGAUGGUUUGGGUCUGAAGGGACUCUCAGAGGUGAAGAGGGAGUCUGGCCUGCUGCCAGCAGAGUGGAAUGCUCCCAGUUUGAUGCCUGGUGUGAAAUGCUCCCAGUUGGAUGCCUUACAUCGCCCUGUGCCUGUGAAGAUGGAUAAACCCUUGUACCAGGCUCCAGAAAUCCCUUGUGACACACCCCAGGAUGCGUUCCCAGCGUGUUCCUGGGAAAUGCUGGGCAGAGAAAACAAAGGAACUCCAUGGAGAGAACCUGCAUAGGGCUGAAGUUAAAGCAAGAACACCAGUCUGGAAAUGCUGAGCUGCUCCAGCUUCCCGCCGAGUUCCUGGAGCCGACCCCGGCCCUGUGUCACUCCUUGCGUGGAGCCCUCACAAUCGGGGACAUUUUGCCCGGUUUUUGCUUCGCGCUGCCCUCGGUUUCCAGGCUAAACCCUCCGGUGAACUGCUGACGGCAGAGUUUUCCAGAGAAGCUGGCAAGAAGCAGCGUGAACGUGCUGAUGUGAAUUUCGACGUUAAUCUUCUGUAAAUCGAGCGGCCCGUGUGCGAGGGACGGCCGGGAGAAAUCCGCAUGACGUUUCCAUCGCCCGCUGCGCGCCCGCCUCGCUAUUGAGAGGAAAUCCCAUGGCUGGAAUUCCGUGGACGCAGCUGCUGCAUCAGCGCUCGGGGAAUUCUGCUGUUCUGUUCAGAAGCAACCCAUAAAUAGCGGGGCCGCCCGCGCCGCCCGGCACAGCGGAACCGCACGGAGAGGCACAAUGACCGAGCAGCAAAGUCCCCCCGAGCAGAUGGCGACUGGGGAGGGUGCUGGCGAGCGAGGUGGCAACUACAAGAUCACAAUCUACGAGCUGGAGAAUUUCCAGGGGAAAAGGUGUGAGCUGACAGAGGAGCUCCCCAACAUCACCGAGAAGGAGAUGGAGAAGGUGGGCUCCAUCCAGGUGGAGUCUGGCCCGUGGCUGGGCUUCGAGCGCCAGGCCUACGCCGGGGAGCAGUUCGUGCUGGAGAAGGGCGACUACCCCCGCUGGGACUCGUGGUCCAACAGCCACAGCAGCGACAGCCUGAUGUCCAUCCGGCCCCUCCAGAUUGACAGCGCUGACCACAAGAUCCACCUGUUUGAGAACGCGGGCUACACCGGGCGCAAGAUGGAGAUCGUGGAUGACGACGUGCCCAGCCUCUGGGCCCACGGCUUCCAGGACCGUGUGGCCAGCGUCAAGGCCCUGAAUGGAACGUGGGUGGGCUACGAGUACCCCGGCUACCGGGGCCGCCAGCACGUCUUUGAGAAGGGCGAGUACCGGCACUGGAACGAGUGGGACGCCAACCAGCCCCUGAUCCAGUCGGUGCGCCGCGUGCGGGACCAGCAGUGGCACCAGCGGGGCUGCUUCGAGAACAGCUGAGGGACCCCCAGCCCCCCCCGGGGCCCUCGCGGGGUCCCCCGGCCGCUGCCGUGACCGUGGUGAUUUUUGUGCAAAAACCUCAA